AUGGCAGCACUAACAGAUGAUGCCGACUACGAUGCCGGCGAAGAGCUUGAGAAUGUACCAAGUCUACUGUCUGUUGCUGGGACUCAUGACAACUACUAUGGCAGACGACUUCGGACUAGGUGCGUUCUAAUAAGUCGCCCUGACAACAAGAACAAGUUGCGACAACGAGGUCAAUCCACUUCUAGAAAUGGAAAGGAGACUGCGACCAUACCAGAGGCCACAACAUCUUGGUCUUCAUAUCUUAUUUUCCAUGUUGCCAAAUAG